GCUGCGGGCGUAGAAGCGCUCGUCGAAUACUGCGAAACGGGUCGUCUCUCCCGAUGACAACCAGUCAUGCGAGAUUGUUUGCUCUUGGUGGUCGAGGCACAAGUCGGUUUCAAUGGCGAGCGGUAGACGAGACGGGCAGUGGAUGAGAGUUCGGGGUUGGGUUCUUGGGUUCUGGACGUCGUUUGUGGCUGUUGUGUGCAGUCACCGGCCGAAGAGGAAUGUCGCACGGAUGAUCAGGGAGCGUCAGUUCCUGGGAUUGGCAUGGGAGCGACACUCGUGUGCACAUGUCGACAAGGACGCGUUGAGUGGCUGGAGCUGCAGCAUCGCCAGCUUGACUUGGCGGUGGUCGUGCGGGGUCGCUGCCUCAGGAUGUUGUCAGGGUGGAGAUGGCUCAUGCUGCACGAAUGCCUCAGGCUCAAACCACGACAACAAAGCGAGAACUCGCAGAGUCUCAGCAUGAGUCUCAUGUCUUGCAUGGAGGAUUGUUUUAAUGAGUCCAUUCCGUACCGACAGAGCGAGUGACGGUACGCUCCGCUCAAACUCACUAGUCGAGCUGGUUGGUGCUUAGCUUUACGCAAGUGUACGACACGGCUGCGGCAUUGGCACCCAGGUCAUAAGGCGUAGAGCCCCUAGGGCAAGAAGAACGUGUUGGGUGAGCCUGCGACAGCAGCACAGGGCACAG